AGUAAAAAUGAAUGAAAAUAAUAAAAAAAAUUGCUCUGUGCAGCUCCAUGAUGAUUGCAAUCGCUUUAAUAAUCAAAAAACGUAUAAAGGAAUAAGCAGGGAAGCGAGUUCUCUGUGGAGAGAAAAUUGGCUAUUGUGUAGAGAUGCUUCCCAAGGAUUUCCUUGCAUGGCCAUAAACGAAAUUCUGCCGGAGGAUCCCAAAGCGUUCCGAAAUUUCGGGCGAAUGACAAAGGAAACGUUCUGCAGCAGGUUGCUCCCCUAAUUGCAAAGCAGGACACAAAUAUACGGGAAGCUAUUUCUCCAACUGCCAGGUUGCUUGACACUCUCCGGUGUUUAGCGACUGGCGAAAGAUUCCACCAAUUAGCGUAUGGAUUUCGAAUAUCUCAGGCCGCGAUUUCACUGAUUAUCCCUAAGACACUACGAGCUAUCUAUUCAGUUUUAGAAAAUGUUUCUUGAAGGUACCAAACACCCCAACUGAUUGGCGAAAUAUAGCAAAGGAAAUAUGAAAUGGAAUUUUCCUCAGUGUUUGGGUGCCAUUGAUGGCAAACAUAUUGCUAUUGCCAUCAGGCAGAAAUAUGGCUCGUACUGUUAUAACUACAAAGGUUUCCACAGCAUCAAAUUGCUGGCUGUGGUAGACGCAAAUUACCAAUUUCUUUGCGUUAACGUUGGAACCAAUGGGCGAGCAAACUACGCCGCUGCGUUUAAUGAAUCAUCGCUUUGUGAAGGUAUCAAAAAAAAUGCAUUUAAUUUCCCAGACGACAAAGUGCUACUGCUACCUAUAAAAAAUUGCCGUUUGUGUUCGUGGCUGACGAUGCUUUUAAACUAACUACGCCCAUCUUAAAGCCACAUGGACAGCGAUCAACGAACUACCACAAAAUUUUUUUUUUUACCGAUUAAGCAGAGCUCUUAGAGUGGUGGAGAACGCUUUCGGAAUCUUAGCAACUAAAUUUCAAGUUUUCCAUCGAAAUAUUCACCUGCCAGUAGAAAAAGUUGAAACAUUAACCUUAGCCGCAUGUGCACUUCACAACUUCAUUCGCUGCAGAGAUGGAUUCGACAGCAGCCUCACAGAUUCCGAAGAUACUGUCGCAGUAAAUAUGACAAAUGGAUCCUGGCGAAACGAGGUGCAACUAACUGAUAUUCAGAGAUCACAAGCAAACCGAUCCGGUGAAGAAGGAAGAAGGGUUAAAAUGUCAAAGUUUGUGGACAAGAAUAUUGAUGACGGCUUGAUACUCUCUGGUUACCAGAAAAAGUUUAAUACAAUGAAAAAGAAGUUUUUUGUAUUAUAUAAAGAGACAGCCCAGGAUUGUGCUCGGUUAGAAUACUUUGAUAGUAUAAAAAAGUUUAAAUCCGGCACAGCUCCUAAACGUGUUGUGAAAUUGGAGAACUGUUUCAACAUUAAUAGAAGGUUAGACACUAAAUAUGAUUUUGUAAUAGCGCUUGCAACAAAAGAUGGAGGCUUUGGAAUAGUACUUGACAGCGAGACUGAGAUGCUAAAAUGGUUACAAGCCUUGCUCUCACUUCAACGCAGCACUACUAAUCAAUAUGAAACAUCUUCUAAAUUUGACCAUGUUUGGCAAGUCGUCGUGCAAAAGAAGAGCUUGGCAGAGGAAAGAAAAAUUAUUGGAAACUAUCAUGUAUGCUUAUCUCCAAAGGCCGUCACAUUUAUUCGAAUCGGUCCUGAAAAAUCAUCAUCAGGAUAUAUCAGAACAACGGAUAUACAAAUUCCUUUAAACACUAUAAGAAGAUGAUAAGCUGACUUAUAUCAACAACAUGUCAUGGGUGGCUGAAUCGCGUUAUACCUAAAGUG